AUGUCUACUAAAGCUCAAGUUCAUUUUCAACUAUUACCUGUGGAACUUGUUCAUAAAAUUUUUGAUUAUCUCAACGCAGAAGCAAUUGUUUUUUCCAUGCGUCUUGUCUGUAAACAGCUUUAUUCCAUUGUUAAUGCUUAUAAUAGAUAUGAAUUAGAUUUUCGUUAUAUUUCAAAAUCUGAUCUACCACUUCUGGCACGUAUUAUUGAUCCUGACGCUAUUAUUUCACUUAAACUUUCAAAGACAGAAAAAGAACGAUCAAUUCGAUCAUUGCUUAAACACUUUCGCACUGAUUUCACUAGACUACAAUCCUUGGCUUUGUUUAACUUAUACGACAGAGACUUGAAAAUAAUUCAAAACCGUAUCAUGAAAUGUCCGCUUAAAACAUUCUCAAUAUUCAAUGAAUUAUGGAAUGUUAGAAAAACUGAAGCAUAUAUAUCAAACAUUCUAUUGCAUAAAGAUCUUAGUAAAAUCGAAGUCAAACUAGAUUACGAUAGCAUCACUUUAAUUGAUUGGCCCAUGUCGUGUGGAUUAAAACAUGUGAUAAUUAAUAACUGUAGCUCAGCUACAAUUUACACAAUUCUUAAUCACUCACCUAAUCUAGGAACCCUGGUUAUAACAGAUAAUUACUUCGAAAAUUUUGAAGAAACUAUCACUAAUGAUAAACAGUUCAAUAGUGUAAUAUCUCUCUCAUUGGCCAUCAGUGCGAAUAUAGCGAUGGAAAAUAUUCGGUCAUUACUUUCAUGUUUACCGUGUCUAGCACAUCUUCGAUUGAUUUCCAAAACAUUGUCAAGUGACGUUUCAUUAUUUGACGGUUCUGAAUGGGAGGAUCUCAUCACAGCAAAGGUUACUCUAUUGAAGAAGUUUGAAUUCUCGUUCUUUGGUGAUUUAUCUGCUUAUAACGGGAGUGUCACUCCAAAAUCAAUGAUUAACUCGUUUCAAACAUUAUUUUGGUUACAAACCAAACAGUGGAUUGUGAAAUGUGAGGAUGGGCCCGAUAACCUCCAAAGUUGGACAUUUCACAUUUAUUCGAUACCAAUCUUUAUAGAUGAAUUUCAUUAUCCUAGCCCAGUGUUUCGAGUUGUACAUUCUACGUUGAACACUGAUGUUAGAUGUGAAAAAGUCACCGUUGAUACCAAUCGAUUAAUUUUAUAUUUGACUAAAAUGAUGAGUGAAAGUACUCUAGAACUGGUAAGUACUAUUGUACGUGUUCAAUACUGUGAUAGUGAAUCAUAG